CACAGUGUUCCCUGAGCACUCGGCAGUCCACGUCUCUCCCCGUGUCUCCUCGUCUCCUCGUCUCUCUCCGUGGACGUGGCUCUGAUAAGUGGAACUCGAUGUCUGCCGUCAUGUUCUGUGGUCUGAGGAGGGACUUUGGGGCAAACAGCGUCGAUGACGGACCAUAUGGAAAAACUAAGGAUAUCUCUGGACCAGAACAGACCAUGGCUUCGAGAAGACACAGUAUACCAGAAGCUCUGCGGGGGGUGACCAUGGUGGAGCUGGUGAAGAAAGAAGGCAGCACGCUGGGCCUGACCAUCUCAGGAGGAACCGACAAGGACGGGAAGCCGCGGGUGUCGAACCUGCGGCCCGGGGGUCUGGCGGCCAGGAGUGACCAGCUAAACGUCGGCGACUACAUCAAGUCCGUGAACGGCAUCAAUCUGACCAAACUGAGGCACGAAGAGAUCAUCAGCUUACUGAAGAACGUGGGGGAAAGGGUUCUGCUGGAGGUGGAGUACGAACUGCCCCCGACAGCACCGGACAGCACCUCGGGCGUCAUAUCAAAGACCAUCGACAUGUGUUUGCACAAAGAGGGGAGCAGCUUUGGUUUCGUCAUGAGAGGCGGCACCCAUGAAGACUGGCACAAGUCCCGCCCCCUAGUGGUCACCUACGUCCGGCCAGGAGGUCCUGCAGACAGAGAGGGAACGCUGCGUCCCGGCGAUCGUCUGCUCAGCGUGGACGGCGUGCCGCUGCACAACGCCAACCACAGCGACGCCCUCAGCGUGUUGGCCCACUGCGGCCAGGAGGCCCUGUUCCAGAUAGAGUAUGACAUCACCAUCAUGGACACGCUGACCAACGCCUCCGGUCCGCUGCUGGUGGAAAUCGCCAAGUCGCCGGGGGCAACGCUGGGUAUCACGCUAACGUCGGCCAAUCACCGAAACAAGCAGGUCAUCGUCAUCGACCGCGUGAAGCCCGGCAGCGUGGUGGACAGAUGUGGAGCGUUGCAUGCUGGGGACCACCUGCUGUCCAUAGACGGGACGUCCACAGAGCACUGCAGCGUCCUGGAGGCCACGCAGCUGUUAGCCAGCACCACAGAGCUGGUGAAACUAGAGAUGCUCCCCUCGCACCAAACCAGGCUGGCCGGGAAGCAGCAGGACACAGUGAAGGUUCAGAAGUCGGACCACCCGCACUCCUGGGACCCCUGUGUGAACUACUGCCACCAAUCAAACUCCGCCCUCUGCAACACCAGCGCCACCCUCAAUAAGUCCUGGACCGCCUCCAACAACAACACCGUCGCCAGCCUGGACUACUGCAAGACUCUGGUGUCCGCCGGCUUCUCUCCCGGCUCCACCACCACGUCGGGCCCCAGCAGCCAGAGCUCCAGCACGCUGCCCCGGGCGGCGGCGCCCAUGAGCCCCCGCAACUCGCUGCUCAAACGGCGGCAGAGAAAGAAAGAGCACAAAAGCUCCCUGUCCCUGGCGUCCAGCUCGGUGGGCCCGGGGGGUCAGGUGGUUCACGUGGAGACCAGCGAGGUCGUCCUGACCGGCGACCCGCUCAACGGCUUCGGCGUGCAGCUGCAGGGGGGAAUAUUCGCCACGGAGACGCUGUCCGCCCCGCCGCUCAUCCGCUUCAUUGAGCCCGACAGCUCGGCAGAGAGGUGCGGCCUGCUGCAGGUCGGAGACCGCCUCCUGUCAAUCAACGGGAUCCCCACGGAAGACGGAACCCUGGAGGAGGCCAAUCAGCUGCUGCGGGACGCGGCGCUGACCAACAAGGUCUCGCUGGACGUAGAGUUCGACGUUGCAGAGUCGGUGGUGCCGAGCAGCGGGACGUUCCACGUCAAACUGCCCAAGAAAAGAGGGGUGGAGCUGGGGCUCACCAUCAGUGCCAGUAAGAAGCAAGGAGAGGCGCUCAUCAUUUCUGACAUCAAGAAGGGCAGCAUGGCCCACAGAACAGGGACGCUGGAGCCCGGCGACAAGCUGCUGGCCAUCGACAACGUGCGGCUGGAGAACUGCUCCAGGGAGGACGCCGAGCAGAUCCUGCAGCAGUGCGAGGAGCUGGUGAAGCUGAAGAUACGCAAAGACGAAGACAACUCGGAUGAGCAGGAGACGUCGGGCAGCAUCAUCUACACGGUGGAGCUGAAGCGCUACGGAGGCCCUCUGGGUAUCACCAUCUCCGGCACCGAGGAGCCCUUUGACCCCAUCACGAUAUCGGGCCUGACCAAGAGGGGCCUGGCUGAGAGGACAGGGGCUAUCCACGUAGGGGAUCGGAUCCUGGCCAUCAACAGCGUGAGUCUGAAGGGCAAACCGCUGAGCGAAGCCAUCCACCUGCUGCAGAUGGCCGGGGAGACGGUCACCCUGAAGAUUAAGAAGCAGCUCGACAGCCUGAGUGACGACGCAGAGGAGAGGAAAGCGGCCGAGGGCGAGGACGCCACGGAGAACGAGCUGAGUGACCCCGAGGAGGACGACCUGACGGACAGCCAGCAGACCAGCAAGCUGUCGGAGCUCUACUCCACCACCGUCCCCAGCGUGGACUCGGCCAGGGAGUCCUGGGACGGCUCGGGCCUGGACGCCGGCUACGGCAGCCAGGGUAUGUACAACCAGCAGGCCGCAGGCGUCGCCCUCCACCCCCACGAGUGGCGCAGUGCCAAGCAGCAGCGCGGCACCACGCCCCCACCUGGGCGCCGGAAGAACUACCCCUUCAGUGACGGAGGCUUCAGCGAGGACGACUGGGACAAACCAGCUGGAUUUAUUGGCCAACAAGUGGACGGCGUUCUGCUGGAUCCAGAUGACAGCUUCUGGUGUCAGGCGCUGGAGGACCUGGAGACCUGCGGCCAGUCGGAACUCCUCAGAGAGAUCGAGGCCUCCAUCAUGACAGGAACAGCCAUCAGUCUGGGUGUAGACGGAGUCAACAAGCCUCCUGCUGAGCCCCCGCUGGGCCACAGCAGGAUGAGCCCCCUGCGGAGGAACUCUCUCCUCCACCAGGGAAGCCUGCUCCACCCGGCCACUCACCUCCACCAGGGCCCCCACCUGCACGAGGAGGCCCACCUGCACCAAGAUCUCCACCUGCUCCAGGAGGCCCACUUCAACCAUGAGGCCCAGCUGCUCCACGAGGCCCACCUGCACCACGCGGCCCACCUGCACCAGGACAACCAAUCCCCCCUCCUGCACCACGAGCCCAAGCCCAAGGCCUCGCUGAGGGUGUCGGAGAGGACGUGGGAGUCCCGGCGGAUCAAAGAGGAGAUGCAGGGCAUUCUGUCGCCGACGCCUCUGGAGCUGCACAAGGUGACGGUGGUCAAGGACCCGGAGAUCGACGACUUUGGGUUCAGCGUGUCGGACGGCUUCCUGGAGAAAGGCGUCUACGUCAACAUGAUCCGACCCGACGGGCCCGCCGACCGAGCCGGGCUCAGACCCUACGACCGGAUCCUGCAGGUGAACCACGUGAGGACGAGGGACUUUGACUGCUGCCUGGCGGUGCCUCUGAUCACGGAGGCCGGCGACCGCCUGGAGCUGGUCAUCAGUCGCAACCCGCUGGGCAACGAGGACGAGGACGAGGAGGACAACAACAACACUUUGGACCACGCGUUAGACCUGUAACACAACUCUAGACACACAUCCGUCCACUCUGCACAACCACACACACACACAUACAGACACACACACAGGUGGUCCGUCACAGAGGAAGCGGGGGAACGGAGGCGGGCCACAGGUUGUCCAGAGCGCCCCCCCCCCUCCCUCGUGGCUCCACAUUGUAAAUGUUUUAACGUGUUGUCAUGGGGACAAAAGGCUCAGAUUCAUUCCACGUGCUGCUUGAGAACUUCAGAGUCCAGCCGGUGUCUCCAGCGACUCCUGCGCUGUAAUACGAUGUUAAAAAAAAGAACACGCAGAAACACGCAGCACGAGGUGGUGGCGUGAUCAUCGGUGCUCCUUGUGGUCGUCGCUCACCGAGGAAACGUUCAAGAGCCAAAGAGUCCUCACUUCGUAGGUCUCGUCCUCAUUGGGUUCUCGGCCACAUGCUCACAGGAACAGGUUCCAGCAUGUUAGUGAUGAAGAGGAUGAAUACGGACGCUGUAAUAACUGUGAUAUCUCUCCUGGGACUCGUUAUCAGACG